UGCUAUCGAGCUCCUUCCCUAGCACGAAGCCCUGUCUUGAUCCACACCCAGGCUGGGGCUCCUGUUUCAGUGUUACAUCAUUUCUACUGCGUCCAGUUCUGGGACCGUCAGUUCAGGAAGGACAUUGAGAUGCUGCAGCAUGUCCAGAGAAGGGCAAGUGAGGCAAUAGAAAAACAGAUGAAGAUUUGUGGCUAUAAGAGCAAUGUGGAUGUCGUAGCACUGUAUCUGGCUAGACAAGGACUAAGAAGCAUCCCAAGUCUUUCACAGUUUCGCAGAUUAAAGUAUUUGUGGAUUAACAACAAUAAGAUCCAAGAUUUAACCUUCUUGAUCAAAAACUAUUACUUGACUGAACUCUAUCUCAACAAUAAUGAGCUGACAGAUAUAUCAGGUGCUCUGAAACACUUAUGUUCAUUACAGAUUCUGUUUCUUCACAACAACGAGUUAAAAAAACUUGGCAAAACAGUGAAGGAAUUGAAAGGAAUGAUAAGCUUGCAGACUCUAAACCUAUUCCAAAACCCUCUGGCAUAUGAUCCAGACUACCGGCUUUAUGUGAUAUACUUCCUUCCUUCAGUUCAGCUCCUUGACAGGAAAUUAGUUACACAAAGAGAAAGGGAGUCAGCACUUCAUCUCUAUAACCCCAAAAGGGCUUGGGUCAUGCAGUCAAUAGCUUUUGGGAAGAGAGUAGACACAUCCCUGGGGACUACGGUGGGAUCUAGCAGAUGCACUCAACCAGCCAGAAGACCGAUAAUGCCCUCAGGUCAUGAAUUUGGAAAUAACACAAAUAAAGUACCAUUUGAGGACCCCGAAGAUGCGGUUUUAGUACGGGCAACGACAAGAUCUCUAAUGGAAUUUUCCUCUGUGGACUGGAACAAACUAGCCACCUGUCAAGAAAGACGGCUUAAAAACAAGGCAGAAGAGCCCCUUGAGAAGCUGACAGUCCAAUUUAGAUGAGAAAAAACCAAUUUCCCUCUCUAAUGUUAACCCUAUAAGUACGUUAACAGCUCAACAAAACAAGUACACAACAACACGCAUGUAGUUAAGUGAAUUUCCAGAAAAAAAAUUAAUGUAACAUUUAUUUUAUCAUACGCUGUAUAAAGAGUGAAGAAAUUAAGAUAACAAAUGGUAAAUAGUGGCAAUGUUAUAAUAAAAGUUGCUUGAAAUGCAAUUCUUACCAAAAUUUUGUUACCUGAAAGUACUAAACUGCACACUAACUUUUAGGAAACUAAAGAUAAAUAGUUUUAUUUCUUAUAAUAAACUUCCUCACAUAUUUCUCCUUC